AUGCCUAAAGCAACGUCACAGGUUUUUAGACCGCAUACUGCCGCUGUUAAACCAUCCAAGAGUUCGAAAAAUGGAGAAAGCUCAAGUGGAGGUGGAGGGAGAAAUCAUUUGUUCAACACUGAGAGGUUUGGACAACACAUAUUAACCAAUCCGCUUGUGGCUCAGAGCAUCGCAAAUUUGAAACCUACUGACGUCGUGUUGGAAGUAGGUCCAGGUACUGGUAAUCUCACCAUGAGGAUAUUGCCCGCUGUACGUCGAGUAGUGGCAGUUGAGAUGGAUCCUAGGAUGGCAGCAGAAGUACAAAAGCGAGUAUUGGGAAAACCCGAGCAGAAGAAAUUGGAGAUGAUCAUAGGGGAUUUCGUCAAAGCUGAUUUACCUUAUUUCGACGUUUGCAUUUCCAACACUCCUUAUCAAAUAUCCUCUCCCCUAGUCUUCAGACUCCUUUCUCAUCGUCCCUUGAUCCGAACUGCCGUCCUAAUGUUUCAACGUGAAUUCGCCCUUCGACUAGUAGCUACCCCAUCUUCCAAAUUAUGGUGUAGAUUAUCCGCCAAUGUCCAACUAUACGCGCGUGUUGAACAUCUUUUAAAAGUUGGAAAAGGAAACUUCCGUCCUCCACCACAAGUAGAAUCUUCAGUCGUCCGACUAAGUCCCAGAGAUCCUCCUCCUCCUAUUCGAUUCGAAGAAUUCGAUGGAUUGACACGUAUAGUUUUUAGUCGUGCUAAUAAACAUGUUAGAGCAUGUUUUGGUGCUAGGGGUGUGAAAGAAAUGUUGGAGAAAAAUUAUAGGACUUGGUGUGCUGAGAAUGAAAAGAAGGUAGAAUCGGAUUUAGACAUGAAAGAGAUGAUUGAAAAAGUUUUACAAGGAUCUGGUUUUGCGGAUAAUAGAGCUGCAAAGAUGGAUGUUGAUGAUUUGUUAAAGUUAUUAGCGGCAUUCAAUAUCCAAGGCAUACAUUUCGCUUGA